AUGAACUACAUAAACUCGAGCUCGUUCAAGAGCAAUAAUCCGUUGAAUAGAAUCAUCGGGUUGUCGGUGAUACUAGCCGUGGGGUUUGUCUUGGUGAUCUUGGCAGGCAUCAACGGCAAUUGGUUCCCCAUCGUUAUUGGGCUUGUAUUUGCUGUAGCCCAUUUGCCCACGGCCAUCACGAGACACAUCUCCAGCUCGCUGGACUAUGACUUCAAUUUCGACCCCACCAGCACCUCCAACGCCAAUCUCUUGGUUGAGUUUGGCCAGUUCCUAACUGCGUUUUUGCUAGUUACUGGGGUCUACUUGCCCGUCAUCUUGCACCACUCGGCUAUCUUGACAAAGACGGCCACCAUCUUGACCGUGCUUGGCGGGCUAUUGAUCUACGGCACAGUGUAUACGUUUAGCCACUACUUUGACGAGCCGGAGGAAGAAGAGGGUCUCGCUGAUUUGGGUGGCGGUGUUAUAUAG